AGUAUUGGAAGUUUCAGCUUCAGCAUCAGUCCAUCCAAAGAAUAUUCAGGGUUGGUUUCCUUUAGGAUUGACUGGUUUGAUGUUGUAGUCCAAGGGACUCUCAAGGGUCUUCUCCCAGGACUCUCUAUUUUGUCCUCCUCAGACCAGAUGGAAUAGCACCCCGAAGUGAGAGUCUUAGGAAGGGUCUCAGGGAGCAUGGGGAGAGAGAAGAGAUGAACCAAGGUGGAAAUGUUUCCAGUCCUCUUGGCGUUGGAAACAUAGGGAAGGGUUCCCAGAAGAGGGUGGAGAAGGGUGUGUCUGGGAGAGAAAGGAGCCAGGAUCCAAGUGUUAGAGCACAGACUCUGGAGUGAGCUCAGCCCUCAGAGAUAUGGGGCCUGACCUAUACACUGCAGUCUCCUUAUCUGUGAAAUGGGUACACAGGCAGUAAAACAUAGAACGGUUAUUAGAACUCAUUCCUUUGGGAGAGGCUCUGAGAAGGGUGCGGAGGGAGUGGAUGUCUGUAUCCAUACCAGCCUUGAUUACCCCUGGCGGCCAGGACACAGCCCAGGGUGGGCACAUGCUGUUUCUGGUUUUCUUCUGCUCAGCUCCUUACUUCCCUUUACUGUCUCAGGUUCAUCAUCAAUUGAUACAAGGUAUAAAGUGGGGAAGGGCUUCCUCAGUAGCUCAGCAAGAAAGAAGCCGCCUUCAGUGAAGGAGACAUGGGUUUGAUCCCUGGGUCAGGAAGAUCCCCUGGAGGAGGAAAUGGCAACCCACUCCAGUAUUCUUGCUUGGAAAAUCCCAUGGACCAAGGAGCCUGACGGGCUAUAGUCCGUGGGAUUCCAAAAGAGUUGGGCAUGACUUCAAGACUGAACACUCAUGCAUAAAGUGGAGAGCAGUCCCACCAGUCCACCUUAUCAGCAUGGGAGUUGGGAAAGUUUGUGGUCAUACAGAGCCAACUUGACAUAUAUGUUAACAUAAUACCUUUUCAUUUUCUGGGUCCCUGGUAUUAAUGCACUUGCUUACCUUGGGGGCAUCUUGGAAUUGUAGAUUUCAUCAUGCAGAAUGGCUCUUUGGAGGUCUUCUCUUCCAUCCCCCUUCCCAUGGCUAGGUACCAAAGCCAUUCCAGAGAGAUGGACCUCCUCUUUUUUCCUAGGAUGGAGCUUUCAACAUCUGCUUCCUCAACUGGUCCCACAGUCUUCCUGGGAAGCUUUUCUAAAACCUGCCUCUCCCCUUACCACUUGCAGCCCUUCUUCCUGUCCCUGGGGCGAGAUUCCUCCACUUCUGCUCCUUUUAGUCUAGAGAAAGGUGGGGGACAGCUGGUGGCUGUGCGGGGAAGCACCCGCCCCCACCCAGGCGAUCAGCCACAGGGCGGCGGGAAGCAGGGUUCCUGGGCGGGAUUGGAAACUAAUCAGGCAGACGGUUCCAGAGAUAAUCCGGCUGAACGCUCACACCCGAACCAGGUUAGGAGGCAGCGCCUGGGGUUAGGGAGAGCCGCAGUCUUACGGUCUGGCCCCUCAGCUUCAUUAACCCGAGCGUGACCCAGACUCAACCCGCCGGCGGGAACGCGCUUCUUCCUCCACGUGGCGCGACUAGCGGCCGGUGCGCCCAGGGCGCAGCAGCCGGAGGAGGCCAGGUGGCCCCAGCGAGGGAUGGGGGAGGAGACAGCAGCAGCAGGCAGGGGCGGGCACGUCCAGACGGAGCUGAGCCGAGAUGGAAUUAGCCCGGGGGCUGAAUAAGCCAGUGCAGACGCCAGUGCAGACGCCAGCGCAGCCGCGGGACAGUCGGGGUUUCGCGUCUGGUGCGCCCGCUCCAUGGCCACCACCCCAGGGCUGCAUGACAUCCCCCUGCUCCCUGGCUCCCCACGCCGGCUGAGCCCGCGGACCGUGGUUAGAGGGGGUCAGGGCCCCAAACAUGGACAGCAGUGCCUCCAGGUGCCGGGUCCCCCAGCCCAGCGUCUGCAGAGCAGUGUCCCCCAAGGGUCCGGCCAGGCGUCUGGCGGAGGGAGCCCUCCCAACAGCUCCGUCAUCAACAACUACUUGGAGGCCAGUGAGCCGGUGUCCUUGGAGGCCCGCGUGAGCCGCAUGCACUUCCAUGACAACCAGAGGAAGGUGGACUACGUGCUCGCCUACCACUACCGGAAACGUGGGGCGCACCCCGGCCACGGCUUCCCGGGCCACUCGCUGGCUAUCGUCUCCAAUGGCGAGACGGGCAAGGACCCCCAGGCGGGGGCUCCCGGUGACAUCGAGCUGGGGCCGCUCGACGCCCUGGAGGAGGAGAGGAAGGAGCAGCGAGAGGAGUUUGAGCACAACCUGAUGGAGGCCGGGCUGGAGCUGGAGAAGGACUUGGAGAGCAAAAGCCAGGGCUCCGUCUUCGUCCGGAUCCACGCCCCGUGGCAGGUGCUGGCCCGAGAGGCAGAAUUCUUGAAGAUCAAAGUUCCCACCAAGAAAAUGUACGAGAUCAAGUCACAAGGCAGCAUUGCAAAGACGUUCAACAAGAUUCUGCACAAACUGAGCGCGCCCCUGAAGCCCCGAGUACCCGAGCACAGUAACAGCCGGAUGAAGAACCUCUCGUACCCGUUCUCCAGGGAGAAAAUGUACCUGUACAACAUCCAGGACAAGGACACCUUCUUUGAUAAUGCCACCCGUAGUCGCAUUGUGCAUGAGAUCCUGAAGCGCACAACCUGCUCUCGAGCCAACAACACGAUGGGUAUUAACUCUCUGAUAGCAAAUAAUGUCUAUGAGGCUGCCUACCCAUUGCACGACGGUGAAUAUGACAGUCCAGGGGACGACAUGAAUGACAGAAAGCUGCUGUAUCAAGAAUGGGCACGCUAUGGGGUGUUUUAUAAGUUUCAACCCAUUGACCUCAUCAGAAAGUAUUUUGGAGAAAAGAUUGGACUGUAUUUUGCCUGGCUGGGAUUAUAUACAUCCUUCCUCAUCCCGUCAUCUGUCAUUGGGAUCAUCGUGUUUCUUUAUGGAUGUGCAACCAUCGAAGAAGAUAUUCCCAGCAAAGAGAUGUGUGACCAGCAGAACGCCUUCACCAUGUGUCCCCUGUGCGACAAGUCCUGUGACUACUGGAACCUCAGCUCAGCCUGCGGGACAGCGCGGGCCAGCCACCUGUUUGACAACCCUGCCACCGUCUUCUUCUCCAUCUUCAUGGCUCUGUGGGCUACCAUGUUUCUUGAAAACUGGAAGCGAUUACAGAUGCGACUGGGCUACUUCUGGGACCUGACUGGCAUCGAAGAGGAAGAAGAGCAUUCCAGGCCUGAGUAUGAAACGAAAGUUCGCGAGAAAAUGCUGAAGGAGAGCAACAAGUCAGUGGUCCAGAAACUGGGAACCAGUGGGACUGAGGCUGAGGAUGAGGACGAUGAAGAUAAGCUGACCUGGAAAGAUCGUUUCCCAGGUUACCUGAUGAACUUUGCCUCCAUCUUGUUCAUGAUCGCCUUGACUUUCUCCAUUGUCUUUGGGGUCAUUGUCUAUCGCAUCACUACUGCCGCUGCUCUGUCUCUCAACAAGGCCACACGCUCCAACGUCCGGGUGACGGUGACGGCCACGGCGGUCAUCAUCAACCUGGUGGUCAUUCUCAUUCUGGAUGAGAUCUACGGCGCCGUGGCCAAGUGGCUCACCAAAAUCGAGGUUCCAAAAACAGAGCAGACAUUUGAAGAGCGCCUGAUCCUCAAAGCUUUCUUACUGAAAUUUGUCAAUGCCUACUCACCCAUCUUCUAUGUGGCCUUUUUCAAGGGAAGGUUUGUCGGUAGACCCGGAAGCUAUGUUUAUGUGUUUGAUGGUUACCGCAUGGAAGAGUGUGCCCCCGGGGGCUGCCUCAUGGAGCUGUGCAUCCAACUCAGCAUCAUCAUGUUGGGGAAGCAGCUGAUCCAGAACAACAUCUUUGAGAUCGGAGUCCCGAAGCUAAAGAAGCUGUUUCGGAAGCUGAAAGAUGAGACAGAAUCUGAAGAAGCUGGCUCUGCCCAUUCAAAGCAUCCAGAGCAGUGGGACCUAGACUACAGCCUGGAACCUUACACUGGACUGACACCAGAGUAUAUGGAAAUGAUCAUCCAGUUUGGCUUCGUCACCCUCUUCGUGGCCUCCUUUCCUCUGGCACCUGUGUUUGCCCUCCUCAACAACGUCAUUGAAGUGCGCCUGGAUGCGAAGAAGUUCGUUACGGAGCUGAGACGGCCAGAUGCUGUGAGGACCAAGGAUAUCGGGAUCUGGUUUGAUAUCCUCUCCGGCAUCGGCAAAUUCUCUGUUAUCAUCAACGCUUUUGUCAUCGCCGUCACCUCUGACUUCAUCCCCCGCCUGGUGUAUCAGUACUCCUAUAGUCACAAUGGGACUCUGCAUGGCUUUGUCAACCACACCCUCUCCUUUUUCAACGUCAGCCAGCUGAAGGAGGGAACGCAGCCCGAGAACUCCCAGUUUGAACAGGAGGUUCAGUUCUGCAGGUUUAAGGAUUACCGGGAGCCGCCGUGGGCCCCGAACCCAUAUGAGUUUUCCAAGCAGUACUGGGCCGUUCUGUCUGCACGUCUGGCUUUUGUCAUAAUCUUCCAGAACCUGGUGAUGUUCCUGAGUGUCCUCGUGGACUGGAUGAUCCCUGACAUCCCCACAGACAUCAGCGACCAGAUCAAGAGGGAGAAGAGCCUGUUUGUGGACUUCUUCCUGAAAGAGGAGCACGAGAAGCUCAGGCUGACGGAGGAGCCGGCCCGGAGGAGCCAGAGCACCGGCCGCCACAGCAGGAGGAGCCCAGCGGCCAGCCCAGCGCCCUCGGGCCGGAGCCAGCCAGGCAGCAGCGUGUCCUCAGGGUCCCAGCACACCAGCGUGUGAGCUGGGGCAUGGGGGCAGCAGAGACCAGCACGGGGCUGUGUGCCCACACGGCGGGGUGACUGUCCUUCCACAGGGUCGUGAAGACAGAGAUUCGAGAGAGGAGGUGGAGGAUGUGCGCAGGAGGAAAGGGAAUGAUGCUGCUUCUCAGAAGCUUUGGCUUGGGUUUCUUUUAGGUCCUCUUUGAACUGUAUCCCUUGGGGGGUUGGUACCCCCUUUUGCAUACAUCAGUGAAAGAACGGGGUCUCUCCAGCCCAGGGUCCCAGGUACCCCAAGCCUGUCCCGUGCUCUGCCCCCCACCAGGACCCCUCCCCGCAUUUUGGUGGCCGCGGGCCAUGAGCAGCACAGUCCAGGCCCUGUUUCCACCCGAUCAUAAGUGAUCUCACCUCCCUUCCCAGCAUCACCCCGAGAAAACCCUCUGUGUCACCGCCACAGCCUCAGUGGAUGCAGCUGAAGUGCCCGGGCUGAUGGCUGUGGCCUCUGGACCCAACUGAGGAGCCAAGGUCCAGCCCUGGGUUUGUCUCCAGCCCAUGUCCCGGGGAUGCUUUGAGCUCAGUGCAACUAACCAUCCUUUUAUGCAGGUUCAGGUUUAAAGUAAUAAACUGAGACAUUCUUUAUAAAGA